AGAGUUAAAUAGUUUUCAGUUUCCCUUGUGAGAAAGGUCAAGCUGAGAUGAUACUUUGUUGCUGCCAUGCUUUAAUGGGUAUUAAAUAAAUCUUUAAGCUAUUUUUCUUUAAAUGGUUUGAUGCAGGGGGACAAAGAAGCAGUGUGAAAUUUAAAGGUUAGAAUCUUUUUGUACAUAAAUACAAAUGGGAAGUAACAUAGAUAAUGCUAAUUAAUAAUUAUUGUGAUAUUACUGUGACAACUCUAUUAUCUUAUGACUUUAUCUAGUGCAUUGCUACUAAAAAUAAAUCCCAACUGGCAAAUUUACCCUAGUCCUGUGCCAUCAUUGUCGGAUUACACUACCCGCAUGUUAUUUUAAGGAACAUCUACCCUUUCAUAAUAGGAUUUAGGAUUAAUUUACUUACUGUUUGACCAACAGUAGCAGCUACCACUGCUACAAAACACAAAGCUCACACACAGCCUAGGAAUUAGUUUUUGUGUUUUUCUUUUAAAUAAUGUGAUAUUUUAAUGUUUCAUAAAACACUACAAACCUCUUUAACUCUACAAAUAUUUCAUAUACAACACCCCAUUUACAGCUUCACAGUUUCUUAUUUUGGUUUAUGUGAGUUUCAAGACUUGCAUAAAGGAUGCAAUUCAUGCAGGAAUCAGAAAUGUACUGGUUCAGUGUAGCACUUUUUUCCCCCCCCCUGAAACAACAGCUACCAAAAAAAAGAAGGGAAAAAAAAUCACUCCACUUACGGAAGUUAACACCAGCUGAAAUUCUAACUUCAGCUUGCAGUGAGAUUUUGGCUGUGUCCCACAUCUGAGCUUUGUUAGCAAAUAAGGUAACUAAUGUGCGUUAGCGCUUGCAUAAAUAGACUUUUUUUUUUUAAUUUGUUAAACUAAUUGGCAACAGUUUUUGAUUACACUUAAAUUGUUCACUCCCCAGUUCCUACAUGCUCAAUUUGCAACUUUUUCUUAAUUAGCAAGUGAACUGAAUGGAUUGGGCUCGGAAGUAUUUGCGUAUUUGGUUUGGCAAAUUUUAAAUGGUAAAUUUACCAUUUACCAAUUUACCAUUUAAAUUUUAACCUGGUUGUGUCUUCCAGGAUCGAACCGUGGGUGUUAAACCACGACACUAUAGGAAGCCCCUUUAGGAUGCCUUUAAGGUGGUAUAGCCUCUGAGCUAAACGCUGUAGCGACCCUUUGUAAAGCUUGAAGGUGGUGUACUGCUGCAUGAACAAGUAAUGAUUAACUGCAUCACUUAAUUACUUAAAAUCACGUAGUACCACCCCACCGACACCCACCCACCUAGAUCACUCGUGCAGUAUCAGUGAAAUGUAACUUUCUAGCUAUGCAUCGUCUGUGCUGUUUGAAUCAGCACUGUAGUAAACAGCACCUGUUCUCUUUCCCAAUAAAUACAUUAAUAAUAAUUAAGGAGAAGAACGACAAUAAUAAUAACAAUAAUAAAGUUAACUGAAAAAAUAUGUGAAGCGCUCUUUUUAGUCAACACUUUUUAGAGGAUAUUUCCUAAAUGCUCACCCAAAGCCUGACGCCCAAAAAAUAAAAACAUAAAGAAUACUUUAAUACAUAUAUACAUGGAGGAAGAGCAUUAAAUGUUUGAAUUACUUCCAGUAACGAGCCGUCCUGGCAGCAUACGUCUGACAGACAGAGACAGCAAUGGUUUACGUUUGUUUGUUUAAAAAAAAAAUGAAAACGAGGACUCGCGGGGCUUAAGGAGGAUGUGGCUUCUGAUUGGCUAGAAGCUUAAGGGACAAAGUCCCUCUUCCAGGUGUCUCUGAGUUGCGCGCUCACCUUGACUUCAGUUGCACGCGGAGCAGGAUAUGAGAGACGACCGUGCACGGACAGAUUGAAACAACAGGGUGUGUCACUAACUGUGGAUAAGUAGGGCACUAAGAUGCCCAUAAGUGAUACCUGGCCAGGUGACACCGGAAUGGAGACAAUGAAUGGCAUGGAGAGUGCUGGCAGCUGUGACAGUGUGAGUGAUGAUAGUCUGGAGCACUUGUCUGCUGAGGAGAGGGCCUGUCUCAUGUUUUUGGAGGAGACUAUUGAGUCUUUGGAUACUGAGGAGGACAGCGGAGUCUCCAAUGACGAGCCUGAACAACUGCCCAGCUCCAGCAACCUUGCUACUAAAGUGGCUAAUCUGUCAGCUUCCAUGAGCAAAAGCAACCUUGAUGAUUCACAGACAUCAACCAAUCACCAGAAACCAAUCAACAAAAAUUUUGAUGCCAGGCCCAUGCACAGCUACCUGGUUCCCACCCCUCUUCUUGUUGCAAGCAGUACUUCCUGUUCUGUACUCGGUACUAAACCAGGCACUCCUGCAGUCAAAACCGCCUCCUCUAAGCCUCAGUUUACAUCUAAAAGCAACAAACCAGGAUACAAAGACAACCAGAAAGCAGUUUUUCGCCCAACAUCUUCAGAGGCUAAUGUUAUACCUCCUUCCACAAAACCCUCAGUGAGGACAGCUGAGGGUCCUUUACCUAGAGGACCUCUCUCCUACGACGCACUUGUACAUUUGCGGAGGAGUGCCUCCACAAAGAAGACCCCUUUAUGCCCAACAGUUGAUCAUACUAUAGACUCGGAAAAAUGCCAUUCUGCCCCGGUGGAAGGCCCAACUCUUGGAAAUCUCCAAAGAUCAGACAAAUCCCAGUCAGAGGUUUCCAAGAGUAAGAAAGGUCCUCCAGUUGUUCCCCCAAAACCCAAAAAGUUUCCCACCAACAUAUCUGCAAAAACUCAAAAUGAAGAAUCUAUAAUAUCAGAUUCUUCAUACAGUGUCAAGAAUGUAGCUGAUCCCCAGGUGGUGAGAGUGGAAGCUUUGCAGAAGCUGGGCCUCCUGAAAGGCCAAGAUGCAGAAAAUGAUAAAGUAACCCCACUGCCUACACCCAAACCUAACUCCUCCUUGGGUGUAACAGCUGACAAGUUUACAAGAGGUCCAGCUAAUAGUAAUCCAUCAAGGAGCCAAUCAUUUUGUAAUGCUCAAGUGCCAAAAGAGUCCAAUAACAGGCCUCUGCAGACCAGUGCCAAUUUGCGUCAGUACACCAAACAUGACCAGCGGCCUGGGUCUGCAUCACAUCCUGCUCAAUCCAAGGGGAAGAGGACGGCUAAUCUGGAGCAGUCUGCCACCCUGGACAACUGUAGAAGUAGUGGAAACACCUCUGAACCGCAAAGCAUCAAAUCAGCCAAACCAGUGACAACCACCAGGACCACCACAACAGCUCCCCCAGUACCGCAGAAAACCUCAAACUCAGUAGGCUACACCGUGAUGGUGGUGCCUGGGAUGGGAGGUGAUCGAAAAGAGGCUCUCAAAAAGCUUGGACUGCUAAAAGACUGAAAGAGCAGAUGCCUGCUGGCAUAAAUGCAAUGCUCAGAAAGAAGCACAAGCACACGAUCAGCUUAAAGAGAGUUAAAGCGUUAAGUGGAAAUCUGGCACACGGCACUUUGUCAAAUAAAAGCAGGAGAGGAAGCGUUUAAAGGGCCAUACACUUAUGUUCUGCACUUAAAAUAUACAACACAUAGUCAUCUAAAGACAUUUUUUUUAUUAAAAAUACAAUUAAAAAUGCACUCAGAAGUAACAGAAACUGCACCUUAAAUUUUCUAAAUCCAGAGCAUCAGUGUAUGAAAAUAGUAUCUUAAUGUAUUGCAAACCUAACAAAAUUCUGUUAUAUAAAAUUUAAACCCUAUUGGCUAUUGGCACAGGUACUAAAUCAAAGACACGGAUAAGGGUGUGCCAGAACUGAUAUCUUACUCAUUGUUUUAUAAAUCACAAAUGUGCCUGCAUGUUGAUUUUUCUUAGAGCAAAUCCUCAAAGCACCAGAUCAGUUCAUGCAGUCUUUUAAUAUUCUAGCAUUUUUUUUUCAAGUUUUGCGGGAUAAUUUUCAAUACUUAUGUCCAACACAAGAACUCAUGCACCAGUCGUUCUUCAGUUUCUUUCUACUACUGUUUUUUUUUUUUUACAGUGUACAGUAGAUUAAAGAGUGUUACACAGCUUUCAUUGUGUAACACUGAAAAUAUGAAACGAAAAACAACCAUUUAAUUAUUUGUGUCUAUUCCACCAUUGAUAUAAAUGUCACUGAAAAUAAAGUUUUUAUCUAAUAUACUGCAUUUUAAGCCAUCUUUUUUUUCCUUAUUGGAAGUUGGGCCGUGAUAGCAGCACCCCAGACUACAUUGCAGAUCGAGGUCACAGAGUGCUAGGGCAGGUUGCGUGCAAACAUCACCAAUGAGCUUCAAACCUCCUCCAUGAGUUUCCUUAGCCAAGUACUUCCUGUAUGUGUGUUUUACACUCACAUUAUGCAUCUUCUCAGCGCUACGUUCCUUUGUUCACGGCAAGCCAUUUGGUUUUGAUGGAGAUUGCCAGCACUGGUCGUCAUAGAUACGCACUACCAUUAUGCACUAUAAGUUAUAGUGGCCCUGUACUUUUGUCCAUAUAGUGUAUAUAAUUUCUCCAGUGAGCUCUGUGUCUUCCACAGGGUUUCUUCCCAGUUGGAUAUAUCCAGAAAACCUCCAAAACAAGGGGUCCAGGAGGCAUUAUAAUGUCUGAAUGAUCUCAACUGGUACACCUCACUUCCUCAACCUGUAUCUAAGGCUGAGCGUAACUAACCUUCAUGGGAAAAGUCAUUUUGGCCACUUGCAUUCAUUUCCUAAUUCUUUCUCCUCUUUAAAUAAUAAAAUCUUAAUAUUUGCAGAUAAACAUUCCAGAUUACACCAGUCCAUUUGGCUCUGUUCAAAAAGCAAAAACAACCAACACUAUACAUGAGGUUGGUUUUGAGUGUUAACCCUACUGUUACUCUUCAUUCACAUCAGUGAUGGCAGAGUCUUGCCCAAGGACAUUUCAGCACAUGGGAAUCCAAGCUGUGGUUGUCUAUAUUCAGCCUGAAUGUCUUGAUUAAUAAGCGAACCCACAGAUCCCCGAGGCAAAGCUUUAUGACUGUAUCCCUGCAGUCUUUACCUCUCUCCUGUUACAGAAAGGCUAUCAGCCAUACUGCUCAUCUUACACACCACUCAGAUGAUGGAAAAGCCUGCUCAGCCGUUCGUCCAUAAUCCUAUUAUCUCUAGCUCCACCUCUGUGCAAACUUAGUAGCCCAGCACUUCCCUGUCUCUAUUUUCUUGUAACACUCACAUGUCACACUUCUAAUUUCUCCUGAUGGAUUAUUUGAACGGCAUGAUAUCUGUUAUGCAACGGUCCUGAAGAGCCCAGAUUAGCUCGUGGUUAAUUAUUGCAGAAGGAUAUUAGAGCUGUGUUAUCGCUCAGUAAAGCAGCAGGUCUGCCAAAAGGUGUCUAUGUCUAUUGUGUCGCCACAAUAAAUGAUGUCAGACUCUGAAACGGACACAGUUGUCUGCUAGUGUCUUAAUUGUUGCUUAAUGUUGUCUGCGAGCAACAUUAAGCAACAGACAAAGAAAUCAAGCCAGUGUCAAAAUGAGAAAUAAGAUAGUCACAGCUGCAGGAAGGAUCGAGUUAAACAGCAUUUUUUUCUGCAUGUCCUGCAACCUUAAGAGGACUGACAUCAUAAUAAACUUUUCAAUAUUUAAUUCUUAUGAUUAAAAACUGCAACAACAACUUUCUGUCUCACAUAUGUUAUUUGCAUUUAGAUAAAGAAUCUACUAAUUAACAUCACACCAAAACCCACACUGGUGACCAGAGAUGAUGUGUAACAUGAGAUAACCAUAUCCUAGCAUACUGCUGCCUUGACAACAGCUUUCCUGACCCAUUUGUGACAGCAGAGUCCUACAGUUUGACAUGCAGGCUGAUAUUAUUUUAGAUAUUAUUAUUUACUACUGUUUAUAAUACACUGGAGUCAAGUUUUAAUGGCUUUUUUGUAAAGUAAUUGAAAUUAAACACAUGAGACAUCAGUUAAUUUGAUGUCAUCUGUUCUUGACAAGUAUUUUAAAUGCUGGGUAAAAAAAAAAGGAAAUCAGCAACAUUACAAUGCAAAUAUUUUA